CUUCUUCAUUUCCUCUUUUGAGGGCAGGAGCCUUUCCUUUAUAAAUGUCAGAAACCACUUCUGUUCUUGUCUUGACUUGUCUUCCCUUUGAAGCUCAGCUGUAUUUGCUAACACUGUCACGCAAUGUUUCCCAAUGCGUCUCUUCGCAUCUCUUCCAAGAAAGAGGAGGCAACCACAGUGGACAUUGACGCCAUCAUGGACAACGUCUCCAUCGUCCUCUACACGCUGACCGUUGUGCUCGGCAUCACGGGGAACUCAGUGGUGAUCUGGGUGGCUGGAUUCAAGCUCAAGCCAAAGGUCACCAACGUGUGGCUGGUGAAUCUGGCCAUAGCCGACCUGAUCUUCUGCUUCACACGGGUUUUCUCCCUCACGAAGAAGCUCUUCUUCGACCACUGGCCCUUUGGCAUCUUCCUCUGCAAGUUCAACGGCUUCUUCAAAUAUGCCAACAUGUUCUGCUCUGUGUUCCUGUUGGCUGUGAUCAGUUUGGACCGAGCGCUCUGCAUCUGGCAGCCCGUCUUCACCAAGCGUCGACGCACCCUGUGGGCCGCGAGGGUGGUGGCUGCCUGCGUCUGGGUCGUUGCGAUCAUCUUCAGUACUCCGUACUUCAUCUACCGCCAAGUGUACCUGGGGAAGAACAACCUGAGUAAAUGCUCUCUGGACGUGAAGGAGGCGGCGCAGGGGGACAACACCGCAAAACUGGCUCUCUACUCCAUCCGCUUCCUGUGUGGCUUCUUGUUGCCCUUCAUGGUCAUCCUCAUCUGCUACAUCCUGGCCGGGGUUGGUAUUCGGCGCACCCGUCUGUCCGGGAAGUCUCGCCCCCUACGUAUAUUAGCAUCGUUAGUCGUGGCAUUCUUCCUGUGCUGGGCGCCGUACCACUGCCUCCUACUGGUGAAGAUGGUGGAUAGUAAGAACAUAGUGGUGAAGAUCUGGCACCCUAUAGCAUCGGGCAUCGCCUACUUUAACAGCUGUGUGAACCCGCUGUUGUACUUCUGCAUGGGGCUGGACGUGCGGGGGCGGUUCAGGCAGAGUCUGGCGGGGGUGUACAAGAGAGCUCUGGCGGACGACGUGGACGGACAGACGACCCAGUCCAACGAACGCUCUCUGGAUGACAGCACUGUGUCGAAACCCAGUACGGUUGCGGCUGCAGGAAGGAGUCAGACAGCAGUGGAUGUAGCUAAAGUUUGAGCCUCUCUCUGAUUUUAGUGAACACAUCUGUGAGCAUUUAAGAGCCACACUGGUGUUUUUUUUUAUGUUUUAACUCAUCAAAGUCACAGUGAAAUGAUUGGGCGGCUCAAAAUCAUUCAGGUAACUCUUUCACACCCUUGAGAUUGUAAGGUGUUAGAUGAAUAUGCUGUUGUGCAUUGCACCUACUGAUACAUAUAUUGCGUGUUCAUAUUCAUAAACAAAUUCAUAGCAAUAGUUCCAGUGGUGGCAGACUGGGGGAAGUACAGUGGGAGGUAGUAAAAGGUUAAACUGGUUUCUCUCAUCUGAGGUGUGAAAUUUCCAUGUGGUGCGAAUGUUGAUGAGAUCUGAAAGUUGCUUGAGAUGCAUAUUAUAUCGCAAUAGCAUCACACAUAUCAAGAUGUGGGUCAAAGUUUAUUGGUAAUGCAGUUGCAGAAAGGGAAGGGGUAAAACUUCUUUAAGCAGCCAAGUUGAGAUGGGGUCUAAGAGACAGGUUAAUGGCUUUAAUGAAAUAACUGAAGUUGGUAGGUGAAGGUCAGUGGGAGAAAAGCAGUCUGAGGUUGUACAGCUGUCGUUUUAAGAUAAAUCGGUACCUUUUGAGGGCAGGAGGUGAUGAGUUUAGUCUUUAAUAGUUAUUAUUUAAUCAUUAAAGAAGCUCAGUAGAGCUGUUACUCUGGAUGUUCUUUGUGCUUUAAGACGUCUUGCCAGACUACACGGGAUUCUUCCAGCUUAGUGGAACGCCAUUUCCUUUCAAAUGUUUGUGCUUUUUGCUUUAAUUCGGGGUUUUAGGGAUUAUACCAUUGGGGGCUUUGUUUUAUCAUCUUUUUAAGAGGGGUGAGUAAGUUAUCAUUUGCAGUGAGCUUGCAGCACUAUCAGCAACUCUAUCUUAGACGUUUGUACCUAAUUGGCAAAGACAUGUAAAACCACUGGUAUGGUCCUUGAAGAGGUGAGACAAUAUUUUUUUCAUCCACAAGCUAUGCAAGUUACUAAGUGUUUCUGGAGAUAUUUAUUCAAUGUGGUUUUGUUGUAUGUUUCUCUUUAUUUGUCCAAACUGAUCUGAUCUCGCAGCGAAGAGACUGAUUGAAUAAAUGUUCUCAAACUGGUACGUGUUGAUAUACUGGGAUCAGAGUCACAAGUCUUUAUGUUUCAUGUGAUUGAAGUCACAGAUGAAAAGUGGAACUGUGAUAAGUCUGGAGGAAGAGCGAGAAAGGCAGAGGGAAGUGAGACUAUUAAAAGGAACGCCUGUAAUGUCUUAAGUCAUGACACUGUCUGGUGUUCAGGGUUCAAACUGAAGGAUAGAAGAAUCAAAACUGAACAGUAACAACUCCAUUUCAAAUAAUCUGUCACUUGGUUUCUAUGCUUAUUUUCGGUUUCUACCAUCAGAAAUGCUCAAAAGGGUUUUGACAGCUAUGACUGUAACUGUAACGUCAGUACAGAAGUGGGAACAGAGUUUUAUGGCACACAUGGAUAAUAAAAUGAAGCCUAUAAGCUGGUCAACUAGUGCAAUGAACAUCAUUUCUUAGCAACCGGCUCAUAUAACACAGCUGCUGCUUUGUAGAUUACAUACACAGCAGUAGGAUUCACGUUUGUGCAAUCAGACUGUUUAUCUUGGAUCACAGUUCUGGUAAAAAAGUAGGUUUUAUGGUAUUUUUGUUCAGCUGUGUUCUGUAGCAGCAGCGUCAUGUUAAAUGUUGAUGUAAGCUCACAGUCUUUGAUUUAAAAUCCACUGCAAUGAAGGAUAGUAAGCUUUGUUCUACUACUUCUGUUUUCUGUAACAUUUCUGUAACAUUUCUAUAACACAAUAAUAUAUCUUUGUAAAUACUAUUAUUACAUUAUAUUGUAUUGUAAAACAAAAUAAAAGCUUUUCAAGUUGUGAGAAAUUACAGUUGUGUUAAACUUUUUAAUUAUGCAAAGGUUCGUCAACACCACUGCCAAAAGCUAUAACUAAUGUACCAGUGUUGGUGAAUAUCGAAGAGUGUUAUCUGUGUGAAAGACUCAUAAAUAAAGAUUUGUCUAUGACUAUUG